AUGGAGGACGGUUACCAAAACCGGACUGCAUUCAUUAAAGGCGCCAAAGACAUUGCCAAAGAAGUCAAGCGGCAAGCAUCCAAGAAGGUCGGCCGUUCAGUCGAUCGGAUGAGCGAUGAGUACAGCAAGCGCUCGUACAGCCGCUUUGAAGAGGACGAUGACGAUGACUACCCUGUGCAGGGGAGCCAGGAUGGAGGCUACUACCGCGGAGACAGCCAGGCAGCCAACGACGACGAGGGCGGCCACAGCGACUCCACAGAGGGUCACGAUGAGGAUGAUGAAAUCUACGAGGGCGAGUACCAAGGAAUUCCCAGGGCUGAUUCAGGCAAAGGCAGCCUGGCUGGAGGCCCGGGCUCAGUGAGGGCCGGCGCUCAGCAGUUCAGAGACAUCGGCGUGUCCGAGGCCGAGAGGAGGAAGGACCAGGAAGAGCUGGCUCAGCAGUAUGAGACCAUUUUACAAGAAUGUGGUCAUGGGAAGUUCCAGUGGACCCUGUACUUCGUGCUGGGGCUGGCUCUCAUGGCAGAUGGUGUGGAGAUCUUCGUGGUCGGGUUUGUCCUGCCCAGUGCUGAGAAGGAUAUGUGCCUGUCUGAACCUAACAAAAGCAUGCUAGGUCUGAUUGUAUAUUUCGGGAUGAUGGUUGGGGCUUUCCUCUGGGGGGCUCUCGCUGACCGGAUAGGCCGUCGGCAGUCUCUCCUCAUCUCUCUCUCCAUCAACAGCAUCUUCUCCUUCUUCUCCUCCUUCGUCCAGGGCUACAGCACCUUUCUGUUUUGCCGGCUCCUCUCAGGUGUUGGGAUUGGUGGCUCAAUUCCCAUCGUGUUUUCCUACUAUUCUGAAUUUCUGGCCCAAGAGAAGCGUGGCGAGCACCUCAGUUGGCUCUGCAUGUUCUGGAUGAUUGGGGGAAUAUACGCAUCUGCCAUGGCCUGGGCUAUAAUCCCACACUAUGGAUGGAGUUUCCAGAUGGGCUCAGCGUAUCAGUUCCACAGCUGGCGUGUGUUUGUGUUGGUGUGCGCGUUUCCUUGCGUCGCAGCCAUCGCUGCCCUCAGUGCCAUGCCAGAGAGCCCACGCUUCUACUUAGAGAAUGGCAAACAUGAUGAAGGCUGGAUGAUUCUGAAGCAAGUGCACGACACUAACAUGCGAGCAAAGGGAUACCCAGAGAGGGUGUUUUCUGUCACCACAAUUAAGACAGUGAAACAGAUGGAUGAGCUGGUGGACAGUGGCACCGAUACUCCAGUCUGGCAGCGCUACAGACUGAAGAUUAUGAGCCUCUCCCAACAGAUACGGAAUAACAUUCUCGCCUGCUUCAGCCCAGAAUAUAAACGGACAACUUUCAUGCUCAUGGCUGUUUGGUUUACCAUGUCUUUCAGUUACUACGGUCUGACGGUGUGGUUCCCAGACAUGAUCAAGUAUAUCCAGAAGCAGGAAUAUGAAUCACGCACAAGGACCUUCACUAAGGAACGAGUGGAGCAUGUCACUUUUAACUUCACCCUGGAGAACCAAGUGCAUCGUCAGGGACACUACUUCAAUGACAAGUUCCUCAACCUGAAGAUGAAGUCCAUGGUGUUUGAAGACUCUGUGUUUGAGGAGUGCUACUUCGAGGACAUCACCUCCACACACACCUUCUUCAGAAACUGUACCUUCGUUGCAAGUUUGUUCUACAACACAGAUUUGUUCAAAUACAGGUUUGUCAACUGUAAACUGGUCAACAGCACGUUCCUGCACAACAAGGAGGGCUGCAUACUCGACUUCAGCGACGACUUCAACAAUGCCUACAUGAUAUACUUUGUCAACUUCCUUGGCACGUUGGCAGUGUUGCCUGGCAACAUCGUGUCGGCUCUAUUAAUGGACAAAAUUGGGCGUUUAAGGAUGCUGGCGGGAUCCAGUGUCAUAUCUUGUGUCAGCUGUUUCUUCCUGAUGUUCGGCAACAGUGAGUCAGGGAUGAUCGCUCUCUUGUGCCUGUUUGGGGGCAUCAGCAUCGCCUCGUGGAACGCUCUGGAUGUGAUAACAGUGGAGCUCUACCCCUCGGAUAAAAGGACCACUGCGUUCGGCUUCCUGAACGCUCUCUGUAAGCUGGCGGCCGUCCUGGGCAUCAGCAUCUUCCAGUCAUUUGUCGGCAUCACCAAGGCCGUGCCCAUCUUAUUUGCUGCCGGCGCACUCGCCGCAGGUAGUUUCCUUGCAACAAAGUUGCCUGAAACACGAGGCCAAGUGCUGCAGUAA